AAAACUACUCAAAACCAGCUUCAAAAUGCUAAAGAGAACUACCAGAGAAGAGCUCCAAAAUGCCUAAGAACCUACCAAAGAGCAACUUCAAAAUGUUCAAAGGAAACUGCCAGAGAACAACUCCAAGAUGUUGAAGAGAACUACUAG